CAUACCAAGGAAGCGUCCUCGACUUCUAUCGGCGCUCGCCUGCUGGGCUAGGUUAGCUUUUCGUUGCCACAGCUACCGAGUUGCGUCACCAUUUAAAAAGAGCCGACCUGAACAACGCCAAGAGCUUCUGUUCCUUAGCAACACCAACAUAACAAGGAGGUGAACAUUAGCCUUCUUUACUUUAACAUGUCCCAGGGAGGACGUGUGGGGAUAUCACAAAACAAGACAAGUCUGAGUUAACCAAAACGUUUUAACUUCUGACAGCGGAACGGGUUAUUUUGUACCGCACGGAACCAGUUGCGUUGGGGACGGAAACUACAUCUGUAAACAAACGUAAACCUAUUAGCAAGCAACAGUUUUAGUUAGUAGACGUAAACACAUGUGCAAAGACACUGUGGUCUAAGCUCAAACAAGAUGUUUAAAAACACGUUUCAAAGCGGAUUCUUGUCUAUUUUAUACAGCAUCGGCAGCAAACCACUUCAGAUAUGGGAUAAAAAGGUUAGAAAUGGUCAUAUCAAGAGGAUCACAGACAAUGACAUCCACUCACUGGUGUUGGAGGUUGAGGGAACAAACGUCAGCACCACAUAUAUAACAUGUCCUGCAGACCCUAAGAAGACGUUGGGCAUCAAGCUUCCUUUUCUCGUUAUGAUCAUCAAAAAUCUCAAGAAGUAUUUCACCUUUGAAGUCCAGGUGUUGGAUGAUAAAAACGUUCGGCGGCGCUUUCGGGCGAGUAACUAUCAAAGCACGACACGAGUGAAGCCGUUUAUCUGCACGAUGCCCAUGAGGCUGGAUGACGGCUGGAACCAGAUUCAGUUUAACCUGUCGGACUUCACCAGGAGGGCUUAUGGAACCAAUUACAUCGAGACGCUGCGUGUACAGAUCCACGCUAACUGUCGAAUAAGGAGAGUGUAUUUCUCAGACAGACUGUACUCUGAGGACGAGCUCCCUGCAGAGUUCAAACUCUACCUGCCCGUCCAGAACCAAAAGGCCAAGCAGUAAGGAUUCUCCCCUGCACCGUUCCCCCUGAGCUGAUGUGGAGUUUAGCUGUAAGAUAUAACUGUGUGUAAACAUGUGUUGAACUUUAAAACUUUGCAAUAUUGUAAUUUUUGAACUUUGAGUUUUGAUUGCCGUGUUGCUUUCUGCACAAUAAAGUAUUUUAUGUACUCAUC